AUGUCGUACGUGGACGUCAAGAUGCGGUGGAAGAAGGACGCGUCGUUCGACGCCGUCCCCGUGCUCUCCCACGCCCGCGACCUUCGCCCGCUGGUCUCCAUGGCGCGCCUCCUCUCCCCGUCGCCCGCCCCCGUAUCGGCGGUCUCCAAGCGCGGCCGCUCGCUCGAGGUCCCCGAUCGCCGGGUCACCUCCUUCCUCCGCCGCUUCCCCGCCGCCUUCGUCGAGUCCGUGGGGCCGCACCACAACCUCCCCUGGUUCCGGCUCUCCGACGCCGCCGCCGGGCUCCUGCGGAAGGAGCGGGACGUCUUCGCCGCCCGCCGCGCGGAUGUCACGGGCCGCCUGCGCCGCCUCGUCCUCAUGUGCCCGCGCCGCCGCCUCCCGCUCCGCGUCGCGCAGGGCAUGCUGUGGCAUCUCGGCAUCCCAGAGGACUACUUUAAGGAUCCGGAUCACGGCAUCGCACAGGAUGGAUUUCGGAUUUUAACUUCAGGAGAUGGAUCUGUUUGCCGGGAUGAUGACGGCGAUGGGAGGGAGACGGAGUUGGGGCUAAUUGACGAUGGGAAGCUUCAAGAAAUGCCUCUCUCGGUUCUCCAGAUGAAUGCUAUGAGGAAGUUCGGAUCGGUGGCAGAUGUGCCUAUCCCACUCUUCCAGUCAAAGGGUCUCCGGUUGAAGCAGAAGAUUAAGGACUGGUUGGAAGGGUUCCAGAGGCUGCAUUACGUGUCUCCAUAUGAGGAUUUCAGCGACAUCCGUCCGGGUACUGAUGUUUCAGAGAAGCGGGCAGUCGGGGUGCUCCAUGAGCUGCUUAGUCUGUUUGUGACGUGCUCUGCUGAGAGGCGGCGGCUACUCUGCCUUAGGCAGCACCUGGGUCUGCCACAGAAGUUCCAUCUUGUGUUUGAGCGGCACCCGCAUGUAUUCUACUUGUUGUUAAAGGAAAAGACAUGCUUUGUUGUCCUCAAAGAGGCGUACAUGGCUAGGGGAGAUACUGCAAUUGAGGAACACCCCAUGCUGGAAGUGCGCAAGAAGUAUGUUGAGCUGAUGGAGGAGUCACAGGAAAUCAUAAGGGGCCGACGGAGCGGGAAACCUAUUGAACUGGAGUCCAAUGUAUCUGGUUCUGGGGAUAUUGAGGAUUGCAUUGAAAUUUUAUCAUAACAAGCCAUGUUUUUAGCUGAGAUGGAGGAUGGGAAUCAUGUGCAAAUAUGGCUUCUACUGGAAGAAUGAGGAACCCUACUCUUGGUAGGAGCCAGUUUGUUGCUCAUUAUUUGCUGAGAAAUUCAUCAACUGUAGAAACAGGUUAGUGACUACGAGAAAUUUAAGCUGCAUCCUCCAAGCUAUUCUGUACUUAGCUGAUUUAUUUUUUAUAUGUCUCAACCACACAAAAAGUCGUAUAGUUUUGCCAGAGAUUUCUGAUUUAAUGUAUCCAUCUGUAUUUAAUUUGCUGGUAACGGAAGUUAAUGAAUAGUGUACUUUGAAUUU